ACCAUCCCAAAGUCCAAACGAAAUAAUGCAAAAGGCGAGGCCGUCCGGUGCCAUGACUCGGCCGGCAAGAAUGUACUGCCAUCCCUGCAGGUGAUAUGUUACAAACACCACCACUACCUAAUCACCUAGAUAAGCCUAUAGUAUAAUGACCGGACGUGCUCAUCCUUUUUGCAGAGGAUUAGACGAGCCGCUGGCGAUGAGCGAGUGAAUGAUCCAUGACACGACACAGUAGUCACGCCCUGUCCGACGACACGAUCAGUCCUGCAGCGAGUGAUACCAAACAGAGGGCAGCGUGCACACUCUGUAGUUGCCACUCCACUAGUCCAUCCGCAACUCCGCCUCUCCGUGCACCACCACUCACCAGCUCCGUCGUCCAUGGGAUCCGCCGCCGCCGCCACCAGCUUCCCUCUCUUCCUCCUCGUUUCGACAUUGAUCGCCGCCUCAACCCCGCCGUCUUCGGCGGCGGCCGCGCAGACGCCGCAGGACCUCCUGCUCGACUUCAAGGCGUCCCUGCAGGACCCGUCGGGCGCGCUCUCGUCCUGGUCGCGCUCGGCACCCUACUGCAACUGGUCGCACGUCUCCUGCACCAGCGCCACGGCCGCCGCCAACGCCACCGUCUCCGUCUCCCUCGCCCUCCAGGGGCUGGGCCUCUCGGGCGAGCUCUCGGCCGCCUCGCUCUGCCGCGUCCCUGGCCUCGCCGCGCUCAGCCUCGCGUCCAACGCCUUCAACCAGACCGUCCCGCUGGACCUGUCGCGGUGCGCCUCGCUCGCGUCCCUGAACCUCAGCUCCGCCGGCUUCUGGGGCCCUCUCCCCGAGCAGCUCGCCGCGCUCCCCGCGCUCGUGUCGCUCGACCUCAGCGGCAACAGCAUCGAGGGUCAGGUGCCCACCGGCCUCGCCGCGCUGGGGAGCCGGCUCGAGGUGCUGAACCUCGGCGGCAACCGGCUCUCCGGCGUGCUCCACCCGGCGCUGCUCCGCAACCUCACCGGCCUGCACCUCCUCGACCUGUCCGGGAACCAGUUCACGGAGUCCGAGCUGCCGCCGGAGAUCGGCGAGAUGAGCAGCCUCCGGUGGCUGUUCCUGCAGGGGUCGGGGUUCGCCGGCGCGAUCCCCGAAUCCUUCCUCGGCCUGGAGCAGCUGCAGGUUCUUGACCUGUCCAUGAACAGCCUGACGGGAGCCGUGCCACCCCGAUUCAGCGUCAGGUUUCAGAAGCUCAUGACCCUGGAUUUGUCGCAGAACGGCCUCUCCGGACCGUUCCCGGAGGAGAUUGGUAAGUGUUUGAUGCUCCAGAGGUUCGAGGUGCACGACAACGCCUUCACUGGCGAGCUCCCCGCCGGGCUCUGGUCACUGCCGGACCUGCGCGUGAUCCGGGCCCAGAACAACCGGUUCACCGGCCGGUUGCCGGAGUUCUCCGGCGGCCAGUCUCGGCUCGAGCAGGUCCAGCUCGACAACAACAGCUUCUCCGGCGUGAUACCUGGGAGCAUCGGCCUGGUCCGCACCCUGUACCGGUUCUCCGCCUCCCUGAACGGGCUCAACGGCAGCUUGCCGGACAACGUCUGCGACUCCCCGGCGAUGAGCAUCGUCAACAUCUCCCGCAACGCGCUCUCCGGCACGAUCCCGGAGCUCAGGAACUGCAAGAGGCUGGUGUCGCUGUGCCUCGCCGGGAACGGCCUCACCGGGCCGAUACCGGCGUCGCUUGGGGACCUGCCGGUGCUGACGUACAUCGACCUGUCCAGCAACGGCCUCACCGGCGGCGUCCCGGCGGAGCUCCAGAACCUGAAGCUCGCGCUGCUGAACGUCUCGUACAACCGGCUCUCCGGCCGCGUGCCGCCGUCUCUGAUCUCCGAGCUCCCAGCCGUGUUCCUCCAAGGCAAUCCCGGCCUCUGUGGCCCCGGAUUGCCGAACGAUUGCGACGACGCGCCAUCGACGAAGCAUCGGGGACUAGCGCUGGCCGCAACCGUGGCGUCGUUCCUCACCGGCGUGGCGCUGCUCGCCGUAGGAGCACUCGCCGUUUGCAGGAGGUUGCACGGCGGCGAGCCCUCACCGUGGAAGCUCGUGCUGUUCCACCCCGUCAAGAUCACCGGAGAGGAGCUGCUCGCCGGGUUCCACGACAGGAGCAUCAUCGGCAGGGGCGCGUUCGGGAAGGUUUACCUGAUCGAGCUCCAAGACGGGCAGAACAUCGCGGUGAAGAGGCUGGUGAACUCAGGGAAGCUGAAGUUCAGAGCGGUGAAGAACGAGAUGAAGGCGCUGGCGAAGGUCAGGCACAAGAACAUCGCCAAGAUGCUUGGAUUUUUCUACUCCGAGGGGGAGGUCAGCAUCAUAUACGACUACCUGCAGACGGGAAGCUUGCAGGAUCUGAUCUGCGGGCCGAAAUUCACGGUGGGGUGGAAGGACAGGGUGAGGAUCGCCAUGGGUGUAGCCCAGGGGUUGGCCCACCUUCACCAUGACCAUACUCCCCAGGUUCUGCAUAGAGACCUGAAGGCGAGCAAUGUGCUUCUUGGUGACGAAUUUGAGCCGAGGAUUGCAGGAUUUGGGAUCGAUCGUGUUGUCGGGGAAAUGGCGUACCAGACUUCCAUGGCUUCGGAUCUGAACUACAAGUGCUAUAUGGCACCAGAGCAAAGCUGCGCCAAGAAUCCAACGCACCUCAUGGACGUGUACAGCUUCGGGGUCAUCCUCCUGGAGCUGGUCACCGGGAAGCCCGCGGAGCAGCCGGCGUCCCACGACGACUCCGUCGACAUCGUCAGGUGGGUGCGGCGGCGGAUCAACGUGGCCGACUCGGAGAUACUUGACCCCAGCAUCUCCCGCGCGGCGCGGCAGGGGAUGCAGGCCGCCCUCGAGCUCGCUCUGCGCUGCACGUCGGUGAUGCCCGACCAGAGACCGGCCAUGGAUGAGGUCGUCCGGUCGCUCCAGCCGCUGUGUUUCAGCGUUCAUCCGCAGACGCCGCUGCCCACUGAAAUCGCUUUGGAGCCCUGAAUGGAGAAGCGCGUUGAGGUCGUCUGCUUCUGCCCAUGGUAAGCCCAGAGAGAGUUCAGAGAGUAUGCAUCACUGCAUAGCCCUUGCUUGUUGUAUUUGUAAUUUUGUAUAUAGCAUGGCACUAGGAGGAUGCGAGUGUGUGGAAACAGAAUAAAGAGAAAUAAGGGAUCAGCGAUCA